AUGCAUACGCUCAGAUUUAAGAGGGGGAGGUUUGCAGCUGCCCGGGACUCGCUCGUUGUGGAGUAGCAUUUAUCUGCCAGGAAUGGUGAAAAAUGUUCAUCAAGACUGAUUUAAGCACCAGUUUUCUUGUGAACAGAGCGACACAGAGCGGUCCUUUCUUCCAGGGUGUUUCGUCGGCUUGAGUUGGUGAAGUUUAAGACGCAGUUUCCUACAAGUAAGGAGCGUAGAUUUCAUCGCGUGCGAGACGUGUUGGGAUAAAGGGACUACAGAAAACUGCUCUGGCUUAGUUUCUUCGGACCUGAUUAGCUUAGUGUUGUGCUGUGAAUGACGUGCAGCUAAUGCCCCAGGCAUCUGAAUGGAGUUUCAGUCGUGGAAAAGCCAACAGUUGUAGCUCCCUCAGCAGGAUGCUGAUGAGGCCAAGUGUACUUCUGUUUCUGACUUUCUUCACCCAGGUUUUAAGGACCCAUUGUCGGCCUGCUAACACAGAUGAAGUCACUGUGGAAGCAGAGCUGUUCACCCUGUAUCCUGGGAAGCGCUUGGAUUUGAGUUGCUCUCCCAAGGACUCGCCCCACACCGUUAACUGGACAAAAGACCAUGUUGCUGUUGUGGACGGAGAACACACACGCAUUCGCAACGGCCAGCUGGAGAUUGAGGCGGUGGAGCCGACCGACUCUGGCUUAUAUGCGUGCACCACCUUUGGCAACCACAGUCUCUACUUCAACGUCACAGUUGAUGCUUUGGCCUCAUCUGAAGAUGAUGAUGAUGAGGAAGAAUCUUCAUCAGAGGAAAAUAAACUGUUGACCAGUGAAAAGCUGAUGCCAAUGGCCCCACAAUGGGCUCACCCAGAGAAAAUGGAGAAAAAGCUUCACGCUGUUCCAGCCAGUAAGACCGUGAAGUUUCGAUGCCAGGCAAGCGGCAACCCAAUUCCCAUUCUGAAAUGGUUCAAGAAUGGGAAGGAGUUCAAAAGAGACCAUCGCAUUGGAGGCUUCAAGCUCCGGGACCAUGUGUGGACCAUCAUCAUGGAGUCUGUAGUUCCCUCUGAUAAAGGAAACUAUACGUGUGUGGUGGAAAACCAGUAUGGCAGCAUCAAUCACACCUAUCAGCUGGAUGUAGUUGAACGCUCUCCCCACAGGCCAAUCCUGCAGGCUGGCUUGCCAGCCAAUCGCACUGCAGUGGUAGGCAGCGACGUGGAGUUUGAGUGCAAAGUGUUUAGCGAUCCUCAGCCUCACAUUCAGUGGCUGAAACAUAUUGAGGUGAACGGAAGCCGUGUUGGACCUGAUGGUUUACCCUUUGUUCGUGUCCUGAAGCAUUCGGGGGUCAAUAGCUCGGACGCUCAGGUGCUCACCCUCUACAAUGUGACUGAGGAGGAGAGCGGAGAGUAUAUAUGUAAAGUGUCCAAUUAUAUAGGAGAAGCCAAUCAGUCGGCCUGGCUGACUGUCAUCAAAUAUGACCCUGCAGCUGUCACACCGUACCCCCCAGCCAGCAGCACCUACUUGGAGGUGGUAAUCUACUGUGUGGGCUUCUUUCUAAUCGCCAUCAUGAUCACCAUUGUCAUUAUCCUCAAGAUUCGGGCCUCCUCAAAGAAGAGUGACUUCAACGGUCAGCUGGCUGUCCACAAGCUGGCCAAAAGCAUUCCUCUGCGCAGACAGGUAACAGUGUCUGUGGACUCGAGUUCCUCCAUCCACUCUGGAGUGAUGCUAGUUCGUCCCUCCCGCCUCUCCUCCAGUGGGACUCCAAUGCUGUCAGGAGUAUCUGAAUAUGAGCUACCACAGGAUCCCCGCUGGGAGAUCCCCAGAGACAAACUUGUUCUUGGUAAGCCACUGGGUGAAGGCUGCUUCGGUCUGGUGAUGAUGGGGGAGGUUCUGGGUCUGGACAAAGAGAAACCAAAUCGUGUGACCAAGGUUGCAGUGAAAAUGUUGAAGCCUGAUGCUACAGAGAAAGACCUGUCAGACCUCAUUUCAGAGAUGGAGAUGAUGAAGAUCAUUGGGAAGCACAAGAACAUCAUUAAUCUGCUGGGAGCCUGCACACAGGAUGGUCCCCUGUAUGUCAUAGUUGAAUAUGCGUCCAAGGGCAACCUUAGGGAGUACUUGCGAGCCCGCCGCCCUCCGGGAAUGGAGUACUGUUACAACCCAGACCAGGUUCCUGUGGAGACCAUGUCCAUCAAAGACCUGGUGUCCUGUGCUUACCAAGUCGCUCGAGGCUUGGAGUAUUUGGCUUCCAAAAAGUGCAUCCACAGAGAUUUGGCAGCUCGCAAUGUGCUGGUGACUGAGGACAAUGUGAUGAAAAUCGCUGACUUUGGCCUCGCAAGAGAUAUCCAUCAUAUUGAUUACUAUAAGAAGACCACCAAUGGUCGUUUGCCUGUGAAGUGGAUGGCUCCCGAGGCUCUGUUUGACCGGAUAUACACACACCAAAGUGAUGUCUGGUCAUUUGGGGUUUUGCUGUGGGAGAUCUUCACCCUGGGAGGCUCUCCGUACCCUGGCGUACCAGUGGAGGAGUUGUUCAAGCUGCUGAAGGAAGGUCACCGAAUGGACAAGCCUUCAACAUGCACUCACGAGCUGUAUAUGAUGAUGAGGGACUGCUGGCAUGCUGUGCCCUCUCAGAGACCCACAUUCAAACAGCUGGUAGAGGACCUAGAUCGAUGUCUGGCCAUGACGUCCAACCAGGAAUACUUGGAGCUCUCUGUGCCUCUGGACCAAUAUUCCCCAAGCUACCCCGACACCCGGAGCUCUACCUGCUCCUCCGGCGAGGACUCGGUUUUCUCCCACGACGCAGGAGCAGAGGAGCCCUGCCUACCGAAAUUCCCUCCUCACUCUAAUGGGGCAGCCAUCAAAAAACGUUGAGAGCUCCUUUUCACUCACAGACACUGGCAUAUCCUCAGCUCCCUGCCUCAUGGGGUGGGACUUCUCCCCACACAUUCCCAGAAAUGAAGCUAAAAAAAUAUCUUGGAUCCUUCGUGAGAGAGGAGCUUUGAGGACACUGAGUUGGACCACUCGGACUGCGGGUUGCAGCCAGUUCUUGGUGGCAGUGGUGUUAUGAGGGGCACUUUUUAUUGCCAGGAGUAGUGAUUUCUUGCAGCUUCGGAAAAUGAAUGGACUCUCAAUUUUCUUUUCACUUUGGGCAUUCCACCGUUCGAUCAGGAGAACGGAAUGGACUGAUAGAGAGUUGGAUUUUUUUCGACUUUUUUGUGUUGCUCUGUAAUGGUCAUAAUUGCUUGUUUGGUCUGGUUUUUUUGGACCAAAUCCAGAAAUGUGCAACACCCUCAUUCACUCUCUUCUUGUAAAUACAGUUAGAAAAUUUAAAAUAUGAAUAUAUAUUUACAAAGUACUCUUAUUUUUAUUACCUUAAUUGAUUUAUUGUGUUUUGUACAAGGAUGUUUGAUCUGUUUUCUAAUAUAGUCCAGAGAGGGGCAGUUGUUACAUGAGCUUCUUAAAUAAUUGUUGAGGAAUAUGUGGCGAGUUUGUUUUUUUUGUUUUUUUUUAACAAUUAUGAUUCCCCUGAAUAUAUCAAUGGAAAUCUGUAACUGUAUUUCAUAGCUCAACCUUGCAGUAUAAACUAACUCGAGCUUUUGCUCGAGUUUUUUCCAGCAGAGGAAAAGAUUUCUGAAAAUCUUUUUUCUUGCUUGCAACUAUGUUUAUUGUCAAGACAAGUUACAACUGUAAAUAUUCCUGGCUGUACAUCAUGCUUUGUAAAAUCCAGAGAUCCUGCCUUUGUCAACAUCAUGCACUUCCACUGUGCCUGACUUUCAUGUGAUGAACUGUAUUACUGUAAUGUAAAUGCUUUAACAGGGGCGGAACACGUAUUGCACCGUAAAAAGGAUUACAUUAAAUAAAAUAUUAUUGUUCAACAA